CGGCAUUUUGAUGGAUUUACACAAUUUUUGACAGUUUUAAAUUGAUUAGUGAAAACUGUGAUAUUUUCGAGUAGUGUUUUACAUCUUCAAACGUGUUCGUUUUCAGGAUUCAGAAAUAUGGCUUUUAAUUUUGACAGUGGACAGUUCAAUAAAGAAUCUACCCCCAAACGUCUCGGCAAUUGGCAAAUUCCGCGUUGGGCACCAACGAGAGCCCGGCCCCUCGAAAUGCGGCCUGAUCCAAAACCAAUUUGCGACUUAAAUGGACACUUCUUGCCCGGUGCUCCCCGGGGGACCUCGAGGUGUUUCGGACAUUAUACCGGCACAUGGGACUUGCCGAAGAAAAUUACGAGGAAAGUCGCCGAAGAGUUGGCGAAGGAACCACCGGAUGGUAGAUUUCCAGAUUGGAUUAAUCUUCGAGUUCAAAGGCCUAAAGUUAUAAGCAAGGCGAAAACGCGCGUGCGCGGUUCAAAAGCAAAAGAGACUACAGAUGCCGAGGAACAGUCGUUUAAACCCAAGCAAUGCCCAUUCCACGCACACAAGCCUAAACACUCGCAGAAAAAAUAAUAAAUUUUUGUUUUACAAUUUAUAUUACAUAUUUACAUGUCUGUUACAUUAAGGAUUAUACAGGUCAACCAAGUGAAGAGGGAGUCGUACAUAAUACUCA